CAGAGGCCCGCGCUGUGUUCUGACUGUACCUGUCGCAGUUGGUUUGCAAUGGAGGACAUUUAUGCUAAGUUUGUGUCUCAGAAAAUCAGCAAAACCCGCUGGCGACCGGUACCUCCGGGAAGCCUGCAGACCGCGGAUACCUUCGCUGCGGGCUCUUGGGACAAUGAGGAAAAUUAUGUUUCACUGUGGUCUAUUGGAGAUUUUGGGAACUUGGACUCUGAUGGAGGGUUUGAAGGAGACCAUCAGUUAUUGUGUGAUAUCAGACACCAUGGCGAUGUAAUGGAUUUACAGUUUUUUGACCAGGAAAGAAUUGUAGCAGCUUCAUCAACAGGAUGUGUAACAGUUUUCCUUCACCAUCCAAAUAACCAGACUCUGUCAGUCAGCCAGCAGUGGACAGCCGCUCACUACCACACAGGUCCGGGCAGUCCUUCCUGUGGCAGUGCACCAUGCACAGGUAUUGUGUGCAGCAACCCCGAAAUUGUCACCGUUGGAGAAGAUGGUCGGAUAAAUCUCUUCAGAGCCGAUCACAAGGAGGCGGUGAGAACCAUAGACAAUGCAGAUAGCAGUACACUCCAUGCUGUAACCUUCCUUCGAACUCCUGAGAUUCUUACAGUAAAUUCAAUUGGGCAGUUAAAAAUAUGGGAUUUCAGAAAACAAGGAAAUGAGCCCUCUCAGAUAUUAUCACUGACUGGUGACCGAGUACCCCUCCACUGUGUUGAUAGACAUCCCAACCAGCAGCAUGUUGUAGCUACUGGUGGCCAGGACGGAAUGCUGAGUAUUUGGGAUGUUAGACAAGGUACUAUGCCUGUGUCUCUGCUGAAGGCUCAUGAAGCUGAAAUGUGGGAAGUUCACUUUCACCCGUCCAACCCAGAUCAUCUAUUUACUUGUUCUGAGGACGGAUCCCUCUGGCAUUGGGAUGCCUCCACAGACGUACCUGAAAAAUCAUCACUGUUUAACCAAGGAGGAAGAAAUAGUACUUUUUUGUCUCACAGCAUUAGUAACCAGGCUAGUGUUCACCAGUCUCUUAUAAGCUCCUGGCUCAGCACUGAUCCCGCAAAAGACCGUAUUGAAAUCACAAGCUUGCUUCCCAGCAGGACCUUGUCUGUGAACAGUUUGGAUGUUUUAGGUCCUUGUCUUGUUUGUGGAACUGAUUCAGAAGCGAUUUAUGUUACUAGACAACUUUUUUCAUGAAAAUACUGUCAUUACAAGAUUUCAGGUAAAGCAUAUUGUUAGCCUUUCGAAGUACAACUUCUCUGGAGAUUUUUAUUAUUGGAAAAUGUGAAAUUUGCAAAGGAAGCUUCAGUAAACCAUUGGUAAUAUCGAUGCCUCGUUUGGCUUUUGUCAGUUGAAUGUUCCCAUCGUUUCAGAGUCAGAGAGAAUGCUGAUGGCGAGAGAAUUGGAAUCUGUGGAAGAAUAUCAGAGGGAUCCUUUUGUUGAUGUAGAUGUUGCCUUCAAACAGGCUAUUCUUUUUGAUGUUGGGGGACUUCAUAAUUUUCUCAAACCACUAACAGGUUCCUAUUUUUAAUGACACUGUGGUGGCUAUUACCCCUCCCUGGUGGCCUAGGCCAAUGUUAAUGUUUAUCCUUCUUAUGGUAGAUAUUUUCUUGAAUCUUCCCACAUUUUAUUUCCUUAAUAAGUUUAAUAAACUUCAUAAAGAAUUGAGUAAAAAUGACAAGCUUUAGU